AUGAAGAGACCCAAAGACACCAUAGCUGUCUUUGGUGAUAGUAAUUUAGCAAACUGUAUCAGGUAUUUUCCAACUCAAGCCUUGAACUUUGCUUUCAAGGAUCAAGUAAAGGCCCUCUUCAAGCCAAAGAAGAGUGACAGCUAUGGUUUAAAGUUCGGCAAGAACAUUGCCUCUGGUGGUGCUGCUGGUGCUAUGUCUCUUCUUUUUGUCUACUCACUUGACUAUUGCCGAACAAGGCUUGCAAAUGAUGCCAAGUCUGGAAAAGGAGGUGGAGAGCGAGAGUUCAAUGGUAUCAUUGAUGUCUACUCCAAGACCUUGAAGAGUGAUGGCAUUGCUGGGCUGUACCGUGGUUUUGUCAUUUCUUGUGUAGGCAUUGUCGUUUACCGUGGUUUCUACUUCGGUUUGUAUGACACCUUAAAGCCUAUAUUGCUUGGUGAAGAUGCUGGAGUUAUCAUUUCCUUUGUUCUUGGUUAUGGCGUGACUGUAUCUGCUGGGCUGGCUUCAUAUCCUAUUGAUACCAUCCGUAGACGUAUGAUGAUGACCUCUGGACAGGCAGUCAAGUACAAGGGUUCACUUGACUGUACCAUAAAGAUCAUCAAGAGUGAAGGUGCGAUGUCAUUAAUGAAGGGUGCUGGUGCAAACAUCCUCAGAGGAAUGGCUGGUGCUGGUGUGUUAGCUGGAUUUGACAAGUUCAAGGAGCUUUACGUAAGCUUCCGAUUUAGUGAUGAAAAGUAA